AUGAUUAUCAUCCUUAUUACAACCAUUAUAUAUCUCCCGCUGGGAAUCGCUCUGAGUGUGUCUCAGCCUUAUCGUGUAGAAGGGAAAAUGGGACAAGCCCCGCUGCACUGCUCCUUUAGUUCAAAGUUUAAACCAGAGGAAUUACAGGUAUCUCUGUAUAAGGGCUUGCAUGGCCAAGAGAGGAUCUGUACUGCCUAUGUCAACCUCUCUGAGCCCUACUUUAUAACAGAUGGUUCAGUCCAUUGUAGAGGGAAUAUAAGCUCUGGAAAAGUGGAAAUCAUCAUCAAUGGACUCAAUGGGGAAGACACAGACAUCUAUCGCUGUGAAAUAGAGAUUCUGUUCCCACCUCCAUAUCUCAGGAGGGUUGGAAAUGGCACGGUUGUUUACAUACAAGAAACCCCAAACUGCCCUACUGCAUUCACCCAGAGUCAGAGCCAGAGCCAAACUGCACAGCGGGCAUCUGUCAUCAGUGAUGUGGGUCCACUUCCUCUGCUAUAUGCCAUUCUAAUUAUUACUUCCUUUAGCUUUCUUCUACAGAUCAUGAAGAACAUAUGCAAAUGGAGGGACACUGGAUCCAUGGCACCAAAGGUUUCUCAAAAAGAGAGCUAUAGACAAUUCUAGUGGCGUAAUCUUCAAAUGUUUGCAUAUACAUGUACUCACAUGUAAUUUCCACCUAAAUGUAAUCACAUGUACAGUAUUCUAACCACAUGUAAUCACAUGUAAGUUCCACCUGCAUGUAAUCACGUGUAUUCUUAUCUGCAUGUACUCACAUGCAUUCUCAUCUGCAUGUAUUCACAUGUAUUUGUAUAUUUGAUUGUUUUUGUGUUUUUAUUUCAUUGUAUUUAAAUACAGUGUUUGACUAACUGCUUCUUCAAGGUUAAA